UAGGUGUUGAGCUUUGGGAGGCUUAUUCAUUUUCAUGCGCUGCGGGCAACUUCGCUCAGGUGUUCACAUCAGUCAAACAAAACAUAAAACGCAAGACCCAGGUUUCGAACUUUGCAAGCCAAGCUAACGCUCUGACAAACUUUACGUUCUUCAGGCCCAUUUGACCGUGUCUCUUAAUUUGGAAUAUAAUUAUUACCAACUCUACUAACUAACUUGUUCGAGAAUGGCACAAUACAAGGGCGCAGCAAGCGAGGGGUCGAGAGCAAUGCAACUGCAAAAGCGUCGAGAAAAGGAGCACAAGGAAGCGGAAUUCAGGAAGAACAAAUUAAAAGAAGAACUACGCGUGGAUAAGAUGGAAAAUAAAUUUGCCGUCCAUUAUGACGCGGUUGAAGCUCAGUUAAAGCACUCCACAAUUGGUUUGGUCACUUUGGACGAAAUGAGAGCAAAGCAGGACGACGUUAUCAAGGAACGAGAGAAAAAGAUUGCACAGAAGAAAGCAGAGAAAGAGCAGAAGCGGAAAGAAGAAAUUGAAGCAAAGAAUGCUCAGAAGCAGUUACAAAAGCAGCAGAUUCGAGCCCUGUCUUUUUUAACCGAAGAAGAUUGUGACGAUGAUGACAAAGGUUCAGGUGGGGGUCAGUCGGAUGGAAAGGAAGUUGAAGAAAUGGAGGAUCACCAAGAUGAUGAUGAAGACGACGUCACCGAUGAGGAUGAACUUGAAGAAGAAAUUCCAACAAAAAAGAAAAAGAUGGGAAAGAAUCCUGAUGUGGACACAAGCUUCUUGCCGGAUAAGGACAGAGAAGCGGAAGAGAAUCAACUACGAGAACAAUUAAGAUUGGAAUGGGUUACACAGCAAGAAUCUUUAAAAAGUGAGGAGAUGAGCAUCACGUACAGUUAUUGGGAUGGCUCUGGGCAUCGUCGUGUCAUGAAAGUUACGAAAGGUACCUCCAUUUAUCAGUUUCUUCAGAAAUGCCUAGAGUCGCUACGAAAUGAGUUUGGAGAACUGCGAACGGUGAUGGCGGAUCAACUAAUGUUUGUGAAAGAAGACUUGAUUCUACCACAUCACUACUCAUUUUACGAUCUUAUCGUUACCAAAGCACGGGGGAAGAGUGGUCCUCUAUUUGCCUUCCAUGCCCUCGAUGACAUUCGAGUAACUCAGGACGCAUCUAAAGAAAAGGAAGAUUCACACGCUGGGAAAGUUUUACUUCGUACAUGGUUUGAACGGAAUAAGCACAUCUUCCCUGCUUCACGGUGGGAACCCUACGAUCCUAAUAAAAGCUACGGAAAGUACACAAUUGCAGACAAGUCAAAAAUUAAGCGGCGUACCGUUUUAUACAUUGUGUCGGGUUUCAUUUUUAUCGUGAAUAAAGUUACUGAAUUUAAUAUACAUUAUUAAA